ACCCCCGCCCCGCCUACAACACACAUACAUCCGAGCGGCACGGCGAGUCAAACACCUACAAAAAGCAGUCUAGAACAUAUAUAAGGCACGAGAGAGGAGAGUUCACGGGAAACGUUUGCUUUCAUCCCAUCAUGGUCGAGAAGAAGAGGGUCGCUGUGAUCGGCGGGGGCUUCAGCGGAAUUGCCGCCGCGAAAUCCUUCGCUGAACGCGGUCACGAAGUCCACGGAUUCGAGCGAGGCCCUGCCUUCGGCGGUGUGUGGGAGUUGUCACGGACUUACCCCGACUGCCAGACGCAGUCUCCGAAAGACCUCUACCACUUCACCGACCAAACGUACGGCGAAAGCGUGCCGGAAUGGCCGAAGGCACCAGACGUUAACGCCUACCUCCACUCCUACGCCGAAAAGCACGGCGUUGCGCGUCUGUUUAGGCUCAACACGAGCGUCGAGGCGAUGGAACGCAGAGCCGACAGUCAGGCCGGCUGGACCCUGACGCUUCAAGAAGAUGGGUGCACCAAGCAGGAAGACUUCGAUUUCGUCAGCGUUGCGACAGGCCAGUUCUCCCAGAAGUACGUCGCGACCCAUCCGGGAGAGCUGGAGUUCACCACGCAGGGCGGAGAGGUCAUCCAUUCGUCGGACUACACCGACCCGUCGACCAUCAAGGGGAAGCGCGUUGUCGUUCUGGGUGGCUCGAAAUCGGCCUUGGACAUUGCCGUCAACGCCGCCAACAAAGAAGCGAAAUCGGUCACCCUCGUCUACCGCAAAAACGUCUGGCGGCUGCCGUACUUCGUAGGCGGCGUAAACGUCAAGCACCUACUAUACAUGCGCGCCCAGGAGGAGCAGUUCAACGGCUGGCUGCCUUCGCCCAUCGGGCGUGUGCUCAGGAUGAUCCUUAAGCCGCUGAUAUGGGCGAACUUCCGUGGCCUGGAGGCUGCGCUUACGUUUCAGCUGGGCCUGAAGAAGCACAGGAUGGUUCCCGACGAACCGAUCGAGGACAUAAUCUCGUGCUCGAUCGGCGUCGCCACCCCCGGCUUCUUCGAAGCUUUGGACAAGGGCACGAUCAAGGCAGUGCAAGGCUCGAUCGAGCGCUACGAAGAAGGCGCUGCGGUCCUAUCGAACGGUGACACGGUUCGGUGCGAUGUCGCGGUGAUGGCGACCGGGUGGAAACAAGGACUCUCGUUCCUGCCUGCCGAAGCGCAGCACGAGCUGGUCGAUUCGGAUGGCCUUUACCGUCUAUACCGUUUCGCUGUGAACCCGAGUCUACCCGAUGUCGGUUUCAUCGGUUUCAACAGCAGCUUCUGCUCAGUGCUGUCUGCGGAACUGGUAUCGCACUGGCUCGUGCGGUAUGCGGACGGGCAACUCGAGCACCAGCCAAGCGCCGACGAGAUGAACGCGAGUAUCGACGUGAUGCAGGAGUGGCGGCGCAAGGACAGGCCGGCCGCACAGGUGUACGGCGGCCUCUGCAUCGCUCCGUUCCACUUCCGCCACUUUGACGAGCUGCUCAAAGAUAUUGGCGCGACGAAGCGGAAGCGCGCGAACCCGCUGGUCGAACUGUUUGUUCGCCCCAGCACGUCCGCUUACGGCGAGUUCCUUGCUUCAGCGCCGCAGUACCACGCAGGUUGAAUUUCCAGCCAUCCUGCCACACGCCUCACGUCCUGCUGUGCUGUGGGAAAGCAGCUGGCCCGAAGAGGUCUGAAGGGCUAUUCUCAGCGACAUUAAUGACAUGAUCACGUUGUACUUCCUUGUAAUACCAUGGCAAAGUAAGUUCAACGUUGAUGUUGCUGAUGAUGUUGUUGUCGUUUAGCCGUUGCUUUUGUUGUUGUUGCAGCUGCUGCUGCUGCUGUUGUUGUUGUUGUUGUUGUUGUUGUUGUCGUUGUCAAAUUGAAGGAGACCAUUCUGACCUGCCACAAGGAAACGUGGUGUCUAAGUGACCUUGGUGUGGUGGUCAGAAAUCACUUUCUUUCGGAGAAGGUACGUGCCGAGCGAUCGAUGGCAGCACCGUGCGUUGUUCGUCAAAUCGUUCAGCAAGUCGAUCGACCCUGUAUAGAAUGACACGCCAGAACCAGCUGUUGCGAGUAGAUUACAAAUAUGCUUUCAAUCAGCACUGUGUUCCUGAC